AUGGAGGAUGGGCCCAGGCCGUCGGGGGCUGCCCUGAGAGCUUCCGGAUCGUGUGCAUCGUCAGUCAAAUCAAGGAGGUCGAUUUCAAGCAGGAGCAGUAACAUUCGACUGCCCAUCAACGGAGAUGAUGAACAAAUCCUCGAGCAGGACAAGGAAAAGGCAGAUUCCAUCUCCGAGGCAUGCAAGCUGCGCAAGAUCAACCGACUCAAAGAACUGGCAGUAUCCAAGGGUGGGUUUUUGUCGGAUCGCUUGAGGCGACAGGCAUGGCCGGUUUUGCUUGGUCUAGAGCCCGAAAGCGAUGAUGUCUUGGUGGACAAGAAUGCAUCUUCCUCUCCGGUCGAUGAUGGCUUGUGGAAAGAAAUGCCUCGGCACCGAGACGAAGACCAGGUUCAACUUGACGUAAACAGGGCUUUUAUAUAUUACCCCAACAUUGAAGAUCCAAACGACAUGGAGCACCAAAAGGCAGCACUAUCCGCGUUAAUUGUCGAGGUUCUCCGCAGUAAUCCGUAUCUCUGUUACUUUCAGGGCUAUCAUGAUAUAUGUCAAGUCUUUCUCCUUGUUCUUUCCCCUUCUCAACGAGCCGCAAUUGUCGCACGUCUCUCAGUCCUGCGAAUCCGGGACUUUAUGCUCCCAAAUCUUGCACCUGCAAUCGCGCAACUCCGCCUUUUGCCCGACAUUCUUCGCGCUGCCGACCCGUCUUUAUGUCACCACCUCUCCCAGACCGAGCCUUUCUUCGCCCUGUCCGGGACCUUGACCAUGUACGCCCACGACGUGCAAACGCUGGGAGAAAUCGCCAGGCUAUUCGACGCACUGUUAGCGAGGGAGCCCGUGUUCAGCGUGUACGUCUUCGCGGCGAUAGUCAUGAGCCGGAGAGAGGAGCUUUUCGACACGCCGCCCGACGAGCCAGAGAUGCUGCACUCGAUCCUCUCAAAACUGCCGCAGCCCCUGGAUCUUGACGACCUGCUCGCGCGCGCCGUGGCGCUGGCCGAGGACCACCCUCCAGAGACGUUGCCGAACUGGAGGCACGGCAUCUCGCCCAACAGCGUGCUCAAGACGGCGCGCGACUCAGCGGCGUGUGCAAAGCAGACGCUGGAUCAGGGAAGGCAGUUCUUUGAGCGCCAGGUCCGGGAGCUCGAGUGGGAAGAGAAGCGUGAGAAAGCACUGGCCGUACUUUGGGCUUACAGGAAGCCCGCAAGGACCAUUGGGUUCGCUGUUGCUUUCGGGGUCUUGGCGUUUUGGUUGCGGCGUUCACCAGGGCCGCUUGUGUAUAUUGCUUCCUUGUCAAAUCGAUGGCUCAGGGACUGA